AUGACGUUUUCCCCAGAGAAGGACAUACCGGACCUGGACGGCAAGGUCAUCAUCGUUACAGGUGGAAGCAGCGGUCUCGGCAAAGAAAGCGUUAUUCAGCUGGCGAAGCAUAACCCCGCAGCAAUCUACCUCACAGCUAGGACAGAGGCCCGUGGUAAUGCCGCCAUCAAGGAGGUGGAGCAAGCCGUGCCGGCAGCCAAGAACAAGAUCAAGUACCUCGAGCUAGAUUUAGGUUCCUUCGCCUCGAUCAAGAAGUCCACCGACGCCUUCCUCACCUCAGCCGACCGUCUCGACAUCUUGAUGAACAACGCUGGUCUGAUGGCUACACCACCAGGCCUGACAACAGAUGGAUACGAAUCAGGAUCCGACGUCCGCGUCGUCAACUUGAGCUCAGAGCUGUUCAAACAAGCGCCCUCGGAGGGGAUUCUCCUCUCAAAAUGCAAGACCCCACUCGACGACAUCUCCAGUCUGGCUCGCUAUGGGCAGUCCAAGCUCGCAGACUACUACCACACCCGCACGCUGAGCCAACUUUACCCCUCCAUCAAGUUCGUUGCAGUCCACCCUGGAGUCGUCAACACCGGUAUCUUUGACGACUUCAGAAAGAGAAGGCCCUGGGUCGGCGGAGUGAUUAGUGUACUUGGGUCGAUCUUCCUGACCGACGUCCACGCGGGUGCGCGAGCUCAGCUUUGGGCCAGCACAGCUGCGAGUGCCAGUGUCAAGAGUGGCGGCUUUUACAAUCCGAAGUUCAAGGAGUAUAAGGAGGCGAACUUGUACGACGAUAAAGCGGCUAAGGAGUUGUGGGAUUGGACUGAGAAGGAGCUUGAGGGCCAUUGA